AUAUAAAUAACACAUAAUGGAAUCCUAUAUUAUUAUGCUAAAUAUACCUGUUCUUUCAAAAGAGCUAAUAUAAAUUAAUAAAAAACAAAAAAAACAGUAUUGGCUACUGUAAUACAUGAGAAAGUAGCCAACCAUAUAAGUAUUUAAAAGGAGAACCAGAAUGUGCAACUGGUUUAUUGUUUUAAAAUGCUCCCUUCCCACCUCUUCUUUCUUCCUUUGAUAUUUUUUCUGCAUCAGUCAAGAAGCUGAAGAAAUCCAGAGAAGUCCCAACUCCCCAGUAUAUGAGAUUCGCUACCUUUGGGAAAGCAAAACAGCUUUAAAUUUGCACACUGCAUAAUCAAAUACUCCCCUCCUGUCUCUCGUCUGCUCCUACCCAGGCAUAGAGCUAUAACAGCAGCAACAUCCCUUGCACACCUGUCAUUUCAGGAAGUUGGCCAAUCAUUCUGGUAAAUGAAUAAUUAACGGUACAGAGAGCAUUAUGAAAUCAGCAUAAUACAUGUAAGGAUUAUGGAACAGACAUCUAGCCAGAAACCAGAAGCAGACUUUUGUGGAAGUACUGACACCCUCUUAGACACCAUCCAAAGGACUCUAAUCCCUGGAACCUUCCUUUUCAUCCUGGUUGCGGGAUUGCUGCUCAACGUCCCCAUCAUUUGGAUCCUUGCUUUCCGCAUGAAGCGCUGGAACAGGAGCACCGUUUUCCUCUGCAACUUGGUGUUUGCUGAUAUCAUGUGGAUCUUAACCCUUCCCUUCCUGAUCUACUAUCACCUAAACCAGCUGCACUGGACCUUUGGAGAGAGCUUCUGCAAGAUUAUACGGACUGCCUAUCACCUGUGCUAUUACUGCAGCAUCCAUUUUGUCACCUGCCUGGGCAUGGACAGGUACUUGGCCAUUGUCCACCCUCUGAAGUCCCUGUGGGUAUUAAACAAACAACACUCCCUGCUGAUUUCUUCUUCCAUCUGGACAGUUACAGGACUGGUUAGCCUGCCAGUUGUUUAUGUUGCAGGCACCCAGGCAUGCCCAAACAACAAAACAAUUUGCUCCCUCUAUGUAUUUUCCAGCUCUACCUAUAUAACCCUCCCCCUGUCUGUGAGCUGCUCAGUUGCAGGGUGCUUACUUCCUUUCACUGCUAUUUGUUACUGCUAUUGCAGCAGCGUUAGGAAACUCCAAGAUACUGGCCUCCAGCGCUUUCAGAAAAGGGAGAAACUCACCAAGCUCAUGUAUUCAGCCUUGGUCGUUUUUGCUCUUCUCUACUUCCCCUACCAUGUCUCACGAAACACUUGCAUCUUACUGAGAGCUGUACGGCCUUCUGCAACCCAGUCUAUUCAGCAUGCCGACACCUUGUUCCUUGUGGAGAUGGCUAUCUGCAGCCUGAACACCUGCGUCAACCCUCUCUUCUGUUUCCUGGCUGGGGGAGACUUUCGAGAGGAGAUUUGCAAAUUAGCACCCUCCUUCUGUAUCAUCAAACGCUGGAGGAAUCGACAGCAAGUGGCAUGUGUUUAUCCCAUAUAGAUCUUCUCCAAAACAAGGGUCUCUUUGACUGAAACAAAUCACUUGCAAUGAGCGACUGAGUGACCAUCAAUUACUCUGAGUGUGUGCAUGAUAGCUAGCAAUAAAAGUAGCAACAAAAAUCUAAAACUCUCUCCAUCAAUAAGGACCUGCAGCUCAAAAUCCUGAACACUCAAAGUAAAUUGGAAAUCUAGUCAGUUCCAAAGCUCAUUUUUUCAGUAUAAACACCACAAAGCAUUUAUUAUUCAAAACUGGUGGUAGCUUUAAUUAUUUCUGUACUGUACAACUAAAAAUUCAAUACCUGUGCUGGUGAUAGAGAAAUAAUCUACUGUUAGUUUCCUAAAAUGACCUUGUGGCUGGGUUCACAAAGUCUAAUUGGGAGUAGAGAAAUAAGAGGGUGGGGGAAUGUUGGCUAAACACCCUUUGACCACCUCAAAUGUAAGGUAAGUACAUCAGAAGGCCUACCAUCCACCCAUGAGAAUUUCACUGAAAUUAUCUUUCCCAUUUGAUAAUUUUUGGAUGCAAGUUAAUGGAUGGAGAAUUCGAGAAUUUUUUGACAAACUGCUAGUUCUGACCCACCAGUUAUUUUCAGGCAAGAGAGCUCCAGUGCUCACAUGACACUCCCCCCCCCACCUUCAAAGACUUCUCCAUUUACUUAGAAAAGCCAUGUGUGCAGAGGAAUCGCCUGCCUUGAUCAAAUUUCUGCUUAAAGUUUAGAAAAUUCAAGGUGCUCUAAGGUGACCUGCAAUACGUUAUGAAGGCAACACAUAUACUAUGUUUCAUUAUGGGUGGUGCAAUCCAUUUUAUGCCCACUCAUUGCAGCUUGGUGAAUGUAAUUAGAUGUUGCUCAGUCUUAAGCCUUUGUAGAUGACUUGGUAUUAACUUUAGAGGAACCACUAACCAGUGUCAAAGAGGUUAUUGAGGAGAUAGAACAAUCUGGGCAAGUAGCAGGUUUUAAAUUGAAUAAAAAGAAGACUAAAAUGUUAGCCAAAAAUAUGAAACAAGAUUUGGUAGAUAUGUUGCAGCAACAGAUCGGUAUAGAAGUGGUUUAAAAAGUCAGAUAUUUAGGAAUAUGGUUAACAUCAAAGAAUAUAGACUUAUUUCAAAAUAAUUAUACACCGGUGUGGAAUGGAAUUAAAAGAGAUCUGGAAGUAUGGGAGAGGACGAAAUUGUCAUUUUGUGGAAGGAUUUCUGUGAUUAAAAUGAAUGUGCUACCAAAGAUGUUAUUUUUAUUUCAAUCAAUUCCAAUAAUCAAGGGGGCAGCAAUUUUAAAGGAAAUGGCAGAAGACAAUUUUAAGAUAUAUCUGGCAGGGGAAGAAAUCAAGAAUUCAAUAUAAGUUGUUAACAGAUGUUAAAGAAAGAGGGGGCUUCGCCCUGCCAGACUUGAAGUUGUAUUAUGAAGCAGUAUGCCUCUGUUGGUUAAAGGAAUGGAUGUUGUUAGAAGAUACAGAGUUGCUGGAUUUGGAGGGUUAUGAUAAUAGAUUUGGUUGGCACGCAUAUUUAUGGUAUAAUAAAUCAAAAGUCCAUAAAGGAUUUGGUAACCAUAUAUUCCAAAGAUCUCUAUUUGAAACAUGGGAUAGGUAUAAAAACCUAUUAGAAUGUAAAACACCAUGGUGGUUAUUCCCAUUAGAAGCUAUGAGUGUGAAAUAGCUUUCUAAUUUUAUCAUCAAAUCCAUUUUCUUUUAAGUCUUAGAAACAAUGACUGUAAAAUAUUGUCUGAAAUGUAUAAACUACUUUGGAAUGGCAUUUGAAAGAUGAAGAAGUAAAGUUGGUUAUGAUACAUUGGGCCAAAGAUUUUGGAUAUAAUAUACAGUUAGAAGAUUGGGAGAGAUUGUGGAAAGAAGGAAUAAAAUUUACAGCAUGUAAUGCCCAAAAGAAAAUGUGAUGAAAAUGAUGUGUAGAUGGUAUAUUACACCAGUGAAGUUAGCUA